AUGAAUGAAGAUUCUGCUACCAAUGUGGAAGUGGAAAGAGGGGAAUUUGAAGAAGGUAUGAAUACUCCGCCAAUUUCAAGAAAUUUAGCGGACACAAUCAAACAUUGUAGAGCCAAGAAGCAGCUGGCGGCUAAAGUUUUCGAUAAUGCUUUGGAAAGGGAUUAUUUGCAGCUCAAGCACAACGGUUAUGGCUCAAGAGACCUCGGCAGUCUCAUCAACAUGUGCCUCUUCAUGGCUGUUGUGUCUGAAACUGAAGAUGGUGAUGAGAAGAAACCAGCUGCCAAGAAGGGAGCCAAGAAAGCCUUAAAGAAACUGACAGCAAAGGGCGGCAAGAAGCUGUCAAGGUCAAGAAAGGAGAGCUACUCCAUCUACAUCUACAACGUGAUGAAGCAGGUUCACCCUGACACCGGCAUCUCCUCCAAGGCCAUGUGCAUCAUGAACUCGCUCGUGAACAAUAUUGUCGAUCGCAUCGCGGGUGAGGCUUCCCGCCAGGCCUAUUACAACAAGCGCAGCACCAUCAGCACCCAGGAGAUCCAGACCACCGUGCGCCUGCUGCUGUCCAGGGAACUGGCCAAGUACGCCGUGUCAGAAAGGACAAAGGCAGUGACCAAGUACACCAGCUCCUAG